AUGCGCCCCAAGGAACUGAAACUCUGGACCUCCGGUGUCGCCCACCUGCUGGACCUGCCCGCCGGCCACCCUCGGCUCUCGGGCCUGAGCCACUGGUUGCGGCAGAUCUGCCCGGUGGAUCAUUUCGUUCUGUUUGUCUACGAAGGCAAUCACCGGCCACUGGCGAUGUUCGAUACCUUCUGCGCCGACAAGCGCGGGGUGUAUGUCGAUGACUACCAGUGCGGCCCGUACCUGCUGGACCCGUUCUACCUCGCCUGCACCCGCGGGCAGGCGCCGGGGCUGUGGCGGUUGCGGCAGUUUGCGCCGGACCACUUCUACCUCGGCGAGUAUUACCUGACCUAUUACCAGCAAACCGGGCUGGCAGAAGAAGUGGCGUUUUUUGUCGACCUCGGCGGCGGCGCCACGGCGGUGUUGUCGCUGAUGCGUUCCACCGCCAGUUGCGCGUUCAGUCGCGACGAGAUGCAGUUGAUCGAAUGCGCCCAGGCGGUGGUGGAACAGGUGAUCAACGAGGCCUGGCGCCUGCGCCAGGCGCAACAGCCGCGACCGGCCCAGGACCUGGACUUCAAGAUCCGCGAAGCCUUCGAUCAGUUCGGCGCCCACAUCCUCACCGGGCGCGAACGGGAGAUCGUGCAACUGUUGUUGCGCGGGCACUCCAGCGCCUCGGUGGCGGAGCAGCUGAGCAUCAGCCCGGGCACGGUGAAGAUUCACCGCAAGAACAUCUACGCCAAGCUCGGCAUCGGCAGCCAGUCGGAACUGCUUGGCCUGUUUAUCCGCGACCUCACCGGCCAGGAACUGGCCGUCAAUGGCCUGGAUUUCUCGGUGCGGCGUGGCUCGUUUCACUCCUUCCUCGGCGGCUCGGGCUGCGGCAAGACCACCACCCUGCGCAUGAUCGCCGGCUUCGAGCAGCCCACCAGCGGCGAGGUGCGCCUGGCCGGCAAAAACGUCGCCGGGGUGCCCGCCUUCGAGCGCCCGGUGAACAUGGUGUUCCAGCAUUACGCGCUGUUCCCGCACCUCAGCGUGGCGCAGAACAUUGCCUAUGGCCUGCGCUAUCGCACCCCGCGCCCCGACAAGAAAACCCAGGCACGCAUGGCCGAUGAAGCCCUGGAGAUGGUGCGCCUGAGCGGCUUCGGCCAGCGCAAGCCCAGCGAACUGUCCGGCGGCCAGCAGCAGCGUGUGGCCCUGGCCCGGGCGCUGGUGAACAAGCCUACGGUGUUGCUGCUGGAUGAGCCCCUGGCCGCCCUGGACCGCAAGCUGCGCAAGGAGAUGCAAUCGGAACUGCUGCGCUUGCAGCGUGAAGUCGGCAUCACCUUCGUGCUGGUGACCCAUGACCAGGAAGAAGCGUUGUCGAUGAGCGACAGCAUCAGCGUGAUGCACAACGGUUCGAUCAUCCAGACCGCCACCCCGGAACAACUCUACGAGACGCCGGCCAGCCGUUACGUCGCCGACUUUAUCGGCGAGUCCAACCUGUUCAACGGCACGGUGCGCCGCCUGCAGGGCAACUCGGUGGUGUUGCGCACCGCCCAGGGCCUGGAGCUGACCAGCCCGCUCACCCCUACCGGCAAAAGCCUGAAUGCGGACGCCGAAGGCUGCAUCGCGGUGCGCCCGGAGCUGAUCAGCAUUGCCGGUGCCAGCGCCGAUUUGGCCCGGGAAGUCACACUGCCGGGUUGCGUCGAAGACCGCAUCUACCUGGGCAAUUCCACCGAAUACCGCGUGCGCACCCAAGCCUUUGGCGUGGUCUGCGUGCGAGUGCCACGCCAGCAGGAUCAAGGCCCGCAGGCGUUCGAACACGGCGCAGCGGUCAGCGUCGGCUGGGAUCACGCCAAUGGGUUGGCCAUGGCGUUG